UUAGCAAAUCGUCUCACACGCAGAUAAUAAGUGCGCUUCGUUCAAUCAACCUACAAUGAAGGUUAUAUCUGCUAUUGCGUUUGCAAUUUUCAUAAUCGGUGUUCAGCCUCACGGACACAUAGUUGAUCCGCCGGCCAGAAAUUGGAUCUGGACCGAUCCACGGUUUCCCGACCAACCGCCCAACUUCAACUCGCAAGGUGUGUGGUGCGGUGAUGUUGAAUGCUGGGAGUGUCCUCCAGCUUUUUACAUUCCCCAAGAUGAAGCUUUCUCGAGAUGUGGCAUGUGUGGUGACGACAUAAACCGACCGACACCCAGGGAUCACGAACAUGGCGGAUUGUUUGGAAAUGGUCACAUCGGAAGGACGUACAGCGCUGGAUCGGUUAUUCAAAUGCAUUUAGUAUUUGGUGCCAUGCAUUGCGGCUACUUCGAAGUCGAUCUUUGUGCUGAUGCUGUGGAGACACCCUCCUGUUUCCAACGUUUGCAAAUUCUCGGAGGUACCGAAAGAGUUCGCUAUGACAACAGAAUGUGUGCCCCGCAUUUCGGUGGAGAAACUAGGAACAUUACAGCUAGUAUUCAGUUGCCUGCAAAUGUCCGAUGCAAUAGAUGUACUCUACGGUGGACGUAUCGCACCAAUUACGCUUGCUUCCCAAAUUUUCCAGGUGACUCUGCUUGUGGCGUCGAUCCGAAUCCUGCUCAAACAUUCAGGAAUUGCGCUGAUAUUGCCAUUGUAUGAUUCAAUCAGAAAACCAAUAAAUGAGUAGACUUCCGGAACAA